GCGAGAGAGGGUGUUAAGUAGACGCGUUUCAUUGUCCUCUUUGGUUCCGAGAUUUCCCUUUACCUUUCGUUUGAUGGAUGCUCUUCUGCGAUAUUCUUUGACUUUGAUAUCAAUCUGAUCAACACAUUGCACUUUAUGACCUGAUCAUAAGAAAUCUAGUGUUUCUCCACAUUCACAAUGUGGAGGUUUACUCCAAGUUCUAAAGAUGAAACUGUGGACAAGUUGAGGGGCUAUCCCAAGCCUGCAAAUGUAAACCUUGAUUGUUCUGAUGAUGAGGUUUCUUCCUACUCUGCUGGUGAAGAAUGGCUCGAAUGCCCAAUUUGCUGGGAGUCCUUUAAUGUGGUAGAAAAUGUGCCCUAUGUCUUGUGGUGUGGUCACACUCUCUGCAAGAAUUGUGUUCUGGGUCUUCAGUGGUCUGUUGUGAAGCUUCCGACUAUCCCUGUCCAGCUACCCUUCUUCGUGACCUGUCCUUGGUGCAAUCUACUCUCCUUCCGGCUGAUAUACAAGGGUGAGCUCAAGUUUCCCUGUAAGAAUUACUUCCUACUUUGGAUGAUUGAGAGCAUGAACGGUGAAAGGGAGACUUCUCACUCUUCAUUUAGUGUAGGCCACCAAUCAGUCUGGAAUUCUAGUAUCAGCAAUGCAUCAGGCAGUGCCACUGGCCAGCGCCAUAUUUUAAGAAGGGCCCCUAGACUCGUUCACACAGAAAAUGCCCGGAGGAACCCAGAUAAUGCAAGACGUGUGUCUGAAUACCUGAACAUGGAAAGAAUCCACCGUUCCUUACGCAAGUCUCUGGUUUUCUUUGUGCACAUGACAGCCAAGUUCCCACUUGUCAUCAUAUUCCUCAUAAUUGUCGUAUAUGCCAUACCUGCUAGUGCUGCCAUCUUGGCCUUGUAUGUCCUUGUGACAAUCUUGUUUGCGUUGCCUUCCUUCUUGAUGCUAUACUUUGCGUAUCCUAGUUUGGAUUGGCUCGUUCGAGAAAUUCUCAAUUGAGGUAUCACUCAUUUAAUCAAAGCGCUGUUAGUUGGUGCAGUUUCUUAAUGGCGCUCUUCUUUAAUGAUUGGAUGAUCUCUUCAUCAAAUCGGGAUCCUUUAUGUUGGUUGUAAAGGUAGAUUCAUGUGCCUUGUCAUGAUGUUAUGUCCAACCUUCUGAGGUUUGCUUCACCUGUCUACCCUUUAUGCCUCUUCAGUUUAAGUUUUGGUGAGUGAAGCAAGCUUUAUGUUGAAAACAGAAUUUGUGUUUGUAUGUAAAUGUUGGAAGAAGUUGCCUUCUUCUUUAUAUUGCAUAGUACAUAAAUGUCUCCUGAAUGGCAUGAUACGCAUAAAAUCCCCUCAAA